AUGGUGGAACAGAAACUACUGGCUGUGUCCGAAACUGAAGACAGCUCAUUUGCUGCCCUAUCAGCUCCACGCUCGGGUGAGCGGCGUGCGGUGACCGUCACUGAAUUGUGCUGCGUGCAGCAGCGUUAUCAAUACGGAAACCUGGACUGCUUCCUUAGAAAGGGCUCUCCAGCAGAGGGCACAGGGAAAUUUGAUGCAGCACCUGCAUGUCCACCCUGUCGGCGCACUGUAUCUGCUGUGCGAGUAACACCUUUGAGAAUCAUGAAGAGUUCCCCUGAUCUCAUGCCCACUGAGCUGGACCCUACCCGUGUUUGCAAGGGCAAGGGUGCUGUUACUUUGAGGGCCACACUAGUGCAUAUCGAUGAUGAGGACGGCAAAAGCCAAGAGCUAUCCAAGAACUCUGCCAAAAGUGGAUGGCUUGGUGCGGUCAAUGGAGAUGCCACAGAAACAAGUCUGGCAGAGAAACGUGUAAACAACACCGGAGCUGAUUUAAAUUCAACUCAAGUCAAUGAGACACCAAGAAAGGUGGACUCACUUGUAAGUGAGGGUCAGUCUCAGCUCACGUCCUGCCUUGAUCAGCCGAGUGCUAUUACCUCAUCAGCCAAAGUGUCCUCUUCAUAUCCCCCCACCAGCAGCGGCAACCCAACAAUUGUCCUGCUGCAGCACAGCAGAGAAGCUGUGGCGGAGCAGGGCGGUGGCACUAAUCGGAGCCCUACCGUCAGCCAGAAUAAAUCUUCCUCUGAGACUCCAGCAGACAUGGAAGGAAAGAGAAUGAGACUGUCUGAACAUUCAGCUGUCCCGGCACCCAGAGUCCCAGUACGGAACACAGAGCUGUCAAAGGACUGGUACAGAAACAUGUUCAAGCAGAUUCACAAAGUCCCAGAGCCUGUCGAAGAAAAUCCAUAUCGUCCCACCUACAUAUUUCCAGAGAGCAAUGACAGGCCACUAAAAACCAGAGAUGACAGGCCAUCAUAUGGUGGUGAGGAUGUGCGGGCAGUCCCUCGUUCCAAGAGUGCUGUAGACAUGGGGAGCUCCAGAGGACAGCUGCCUGUGCCAACACGCACAUCUUCCCUAAAACCUCAGAGGAAUGAGUGGGAGCCCCCUGACAAGAAAGUAGACACCAGGAAGUACCGCGCCGAGCCCAAGAGCAUAUUUGAGUACGAGCCAGGAAAGUCCUCAGUGCUGAAGCUAGAGAGACCGACUCAGGACAUAAGUCCAGAAGAUGUAGAUUUAGAGAAUGAGCCUUGGUAUAGGUUCUUUUCUGAAAUGGAGUUUGACAAAACGCUGCAUCACACUAAGAGUGCCCCCUCUUUCAGCCCCUUGGAAACAUCUUCUGACCUACAGCAAUACUCAGCCUGUAAAGCAGGCAACGGUGAAGUGGAGAAGAAGGACAGCUUGUCUGCCAGUGGGCAGGCAGCUCCGGAAUGUGAACGGCACAUUUACAAGAGUGUCCUGGAGGGCGGCGACAUCCCACUGCAGGGCCUGAGAGCGCUUAACAAGCACCACCCCAGUACUUCUUCUAAAGUGGAUUAUAAAGGUGGGAAUGGCUGUAUGAUUUCAUCCUGCUCUUCUGUAAAUACUCACUCAGUUCAUGCCACUAAUGCACUAGCUUUUCAAUAUAAGACUAAAAAGUCCUUGUCCGCUGCCAAAGCCUGCAUCCCUCAAAUCCUUCCCUCUAAGUUUAAGCCCAGGCUAUCGCCCUCUACCGAUGAGAGCCUGGAAAGACGAACCGAGCCGACACAACAGCGGCCUAAGGCACACAGCUGCGAGGAUUUGCAUCAGGAGACUUGUGGCUCACACAAUGGAGAUACGACAGAUGCCGAUCACAGGUUAAAUUCAGCUUGCAAGGGCAAUGGUUCACCAGAGAGCAGGAACCUGCAUAAAAAUGCGCCUGUUGUGGGAUCUGUGAGGAGCACAGCCGAGUUCUCCACCCUCUAUCGGAACAUGCACAACAUUCAGAGGCCGAGCUCCCUGGGCUCCAGCCCCCAUGGUAGUGUCCGUUGCCUGGCUUCCUUUUUUGAGAAGCCGGGGGACGACAUUACCCUGGAGAGGACUGAGAUCAUGCCCCGGGAUGCUGUCACGUUUCGGGUGAUGGAGUUUGAGCGUAUCAUUCAGCGUUCGAACUCUGCGCCCACUCGUUCUGCCUCAAUGCCCAUACUCCCUAGUAACCCAAGUCCUUCCCACAGCCCUACACCGACCUGCUUCCUCCAGUCUGCUCUGUCAGCUGAGACUCUAGUCUUGCCAGGGCCUGCAAACACUGAGGACUGUCCAGCCAUGAAUACAGAGGCCCAGACCCCCAAAGAGGAAGCUUCUGUAUUGUACGAGUGCCCGAACACCUCAAGAACUGACUUCCCUUUGGAUCUAAAUGAGGGCAAAUCAGAAGAGAAAAACAGUUGCAUUCAUGAUCCUGCCAAAGAGACGCCCUCCGGUGGUACCUCAGAACCCACAGGUCACCAUCACCAUGAUCACUUCCCCUUCCACACCAAACAAAGCAAGUGUAAAGGCACCUGCCCGGCCUCCUACACACGGUUCACCACAAUUCUCAGGCACGAGCGCCAACAGGCCAACACCCAGCAGCAGGAGAAGAAGUGCACUCCCCCAAGGAACUUGCUUCUGAUGGGACCAGCCCCUUUCUGCUUAAGGAGGUCCCUACACAGUCAACAGGCCAUAAAGACUUGUGCACUCUCUGCCAUGAAGCCCAUGACCGGAGAUCUCAUCUCGGCCAAGCUGAAGCCUAUGAUUCCCCAACGCCUGUCCUCUUUGGAGGUGCUGGAGAGGCUCAGUAAUGGAGAGAGCUCUCCCUGUGAGGGGUGCAACUCGGAUGACCUCAUGGAUGUGGAGGGCUCAGAAGCCAGUAAAGAUCACUCUGAAGGUGGCUAUAAUGAGAGUGUCAUGAGUGUCAGAUUGUCCACACUCAUGUUCGGGCAUGAUUCUGUGUGUGAUCACUCAUCUUCCUCCAGCCUUUCUUUCUCCUGUCUGCUCCUCUGUCAUCACAGAGGGGAGCGUAUUACACUGAUUCGCAGAGUAGAUGAGAACUGGUAUGAAGGCAAAAUUUCUGGCACUAACCGGCAGGGUAUCUUCCCUGUCACCUAUAUAGAGGUGCACAAGAGACCCCGAGUGAAAAAUGGAGUGAACUACCCUGAUCCCCCUAUCAGCCAGUCACCUUAUCGGAGCACUAAUGCCUCUCCACAGCCUAUUCGUAAUCGGCUCACCACCUCCCCUCUCCCUCUCCCGCGGUCUCCCCGCCGCUCGAUCUCCCCUGAAGUCCACGCCGUCUCCAAUGAGUGGAUUUCGCUCACUGUGGGCGGGGGGGUGCUGGGCUUGAGGGAAAUUAUGUCUGACCCAUCUGGUUAUUGGCUUACUGGGGGCAACAGGCUGGAUCAGGAGUUCCAGGAAGGGGAUGGGGCUGAAAUAGACAGGGCUGGCAGCCUCCGCAAGGCUCUUUACAGCAGGAACAAUAGCCCAGCAGAGCCAUUAAGAAAUGAUGUAGAAUAUUAUGGGCGAUCUUCAAGAAGUCCUGUCAUGCUGUUUGACAUCCAAGACAACAACAUGAAUGCCAAUUCAUUCACGGAGGCAGUGUGUAAUGAGAUCAUGAAUAUUGCAGAGACCUCAGUGAGGUACUGCAGCACUUUGUCACGCCCUAUAGACUCCGCCCACCGACUCCUGCCUCCUCCCAGUAAACACUCUCUCAUCAUUUCCCAGCAACCCCUGUCCCAGAGCAGCAGUCCCGAGGCUGGACGCAUGAGCUGUGGGAUAUUCCAGGCUCUGUACAGUUACAUGCCUCAGAAUGAGGACGAGUUGGAGCUGCAGGAAGGAGACCUGGUCAGUGUCAUGGAGAAAUGUGAUGAUGGCUGGUUUGUGGGUACAUCCAAGAGGACAAAACAGUUCGGCACUUUCCCAGGAAAUUAUGUGAAAGCUGUUCAUUUGUGACAUGAUACAUUUGAAGAAAUGACGGUUUGUAUGAAGAGAUUCUAACUAUGCUUAAGCGGCUUGAUCCGUUUGGGACACUCUACCUGUUGACGUCAAAUGAAGACUUUUUCUCCCCUCCAAAAUUUGGUCUUUCCCAGAUGAAUGUCCAGGUAUGUGAUCAGUUAGGUGUGCGGCAUGUCAGCAAAGAACAUGCGGUUCAACUGUACUACAGUGGCAGCAUUUGUUGAAGGAUUUAGAAGAAUGCAUUGUUUUUGCUUUUUGAAAAUGCUCAGACUCAGCUAUAAGCCAUUAAUAUAAAAUAUAUCAGACUUGGAAAAGGUGUUUAAGUUUACAGCUGUGAAUUGUACUGAAGUACAACUUCAUCACAUACCUGACAUUACUGAAAAACAUGAAAUUCUACCAUUUAUUUUUGCUAUAAAUGUUUGAUGGACUUGGAGUGUUACCAUUAGAGAUGACAGUGUAUUUAAAGCACCUGAAGAUGUCUGUAUUAAGGGUUAAUGGUCAGAGAAGCUGUAAAAGGAUCAUAGAAGUUAAGUUUAGCCAUUUAAAAAAGUGUUUCAAUUUCAAUUUACACUCCCAUUGUGUAAAAAAAAAUGCAUAUUUAUGGAACUUUUUUUUUUUUAUCAUACUCUCAUGAAGAGUAUGAUGUAAAUUUCUCAAUGGGGGCUCAAUGGAUGAGACAACAUUAGUAUUUGCAAAUCCAAGCAAAGCCAUUUGUAGACAUCAAAAUGAUGUAAAUCAGUGUUGGUCAUGUUAAGGAGGAAAACGUCACAGCACUUACUGUAUGCUCAGAUUUUAUUGACAUAGAAAAUUAACACUUUACAGUAUGGUCUGAUUUGUUAACAUUUGUUAAUUGGAUGAGAUGUUAAACCGAGGUCCUGACUCUGUGUGGUCAUAAAAAGUCCCAGGAUGUCCCUUGAAAACAGUAGGUGUGUUUAGGAGUUUAGAGAAAAGCGCUAUAUAAAUGUGACAAAUUAUUAUUAUUAUUUAUUUUAAUGCAUUAGUUAACAUGAACUAACCGUGAGCAACUAUUGUUAACAAAUGAAACCUUAUUGUAAAGUAUUACCAAAUUUCUGUUCAAAAGAUUACGAUGGAGUGACCAACUCUAGAAACUCCGGAUCUACCAAGCUUUUUAUUUGGUAACAAAAAAGAAUCAAGCUUUAAGCGCUAUGUAAAGUUGUGAGGUGAAGGGCUACAACUAAACCGCACUAAACAGAUCUGAACAUAUUUAGAUGCUUUGCCUCAAAACAUACAACAAAUAUUUAUUUGCCUGAGUAAUGCAUAUUUUGCUCUUUCAGUCAUCCAUUUUUGAAUUGGUUGUUCUGAAGAGUGUAUUACGAGUCUGAGGUGCAGUAUUUACCUCUGUUAACAAGCCUUGAUAACAUCUUAACCAGGUACCAUUUGACAGUGACAUUUACAUAGUGUUAUGCCUGGUAAUAUGGUUGCAUGUUGGGAAUCGAUGAUCCAUAUAAGAUUGCCGUACCUCAUUUUCAAAGUGCCAUUCACAGUAGAGGAUGCUACAUGAGGACUGUUGUGUUCAUUUAGUUAGGUAGUCUCCAUUGAUUAGCUUGUGGUCUUCCUUAACUGAAUGUAGUUCACAUCUACUCCAGGUUGUAGAUUUGCUUUUGCUUCCUUUUUUAAGAGGUAGAAUUGCAAAUUUGAAGAUGAAAUUGUGUCUUUUUGAAUCUCCCCUUUAGUUAUAUACGGUCCAUUCCAUUUAAUGCCAGAGAACGUGCUGCUAGAGAGCAUGAGGGUCGUCUGAGACUCUUACGCUUACCAGCCUUCUGUCCAAUUCAAAACGAGAAUUAGGAAAAGAUCACUUGGACAGAAAUGAGUCAUUUAAAGUAUCUAGAUAAUAUAUUUUUCAUUUUUUUAAACCAGUGGUUGUUGCUAAAACCUUUGUCAAUAAGUAAUCGCAUAGAAGAUCAACAAGAAAUUAAAAUACGUAUAUGUGAUCUCUAUUGAAUAUGAACUUAAAAAUGUGUUUCAAGACCGUUCGUUAUAAGAUAGCGUAGCAUAUCUGAAUGUAGUGCUCUGAGAAACUUUUAACUUGGAUGUGAACACAGUUAAAAUUCACAGUUUUCCUGUUCUGUCAGAGUUGUAAAUAUGUAAAGUAAAAUGAAUGAAAGUGACCGAAGUUGCAGCAACCUCUAUGAAUAUUACAGUUUAUAUUAAAUGAAGAAUAUUAGGAAAGCACAGAGAUUUGCUUAACACAGGCCGUCUCAUAUGAUUGAAGGAGUGAUUCUGACACUGUUGGGAUUGAAAUGCCUUUCUGUCUCAUGGCUUCAUUGAACUGUGCCUCGUUUUAUUUUAUUUUGUUUUAUUAUUAUUAUUAUUGCCUUGAGGUAAACACGUUACUUUUUAAGGACUUUUCAAAGUAAGUUUUAGUGUGUCACA